AGGGCUUGUACAAAUGCUCCCCAAAACCCUGGCGAGGACAGGGGGAGGCAAGACCAUAUCUGGGAGGUUGACUGACGAUGCCGCUCCACUUCGGUCCCUGUAUUGAUCUCCGCUGAACAAGAGGAGCGCGGAAAGGGGAAAGAACUGGCAGACGCAGAGAGGGAUGGAGAACGGCCAUGGAUUCCGAGAUUUCAGUUCUGUGAUUAAAAAAAAGAAGAGAGAGAUAACGAUUGAUAUUUGUAAAUAAUCGCACUUUUUUUGCCAGGCAUUUUACAUCCCGGAGAAGUGUUUACAUAGUGGAUGCUGUGCACAAGCAUCGUGUCUGUUUUGUAUUACACGUAGAGGCGAAAAUCAUAAGGAAACAAAAGUCUAUUUGUGGUGGUGUAUUUUCCGUUCAGCUUUACGUUUUCAUAGAACUGAAACUAAACCUUUGCUAUGGAAACUUAUUGAAAUACCAGUGAUCUGCAGGAUGUAUCAUCAUUGCAAUAGACGACACUGAACUACAAAUUAGAAAUCGUCCCGUCCUUUUAAACUGGAAAUGACAGACAGGAUACAGAAGCCAUUAUGAGGCUGCGCCACUGAUCCUCGCCGCCAGGUCAGGUCGUGCCCGCGGUCGUCCUGAACCGCCAUGAUGGUCGCCAAGAUGAAGAGGGGGCCCUGCUGCGGCGUGGCGCUGCUCGCCUCUUUCUGCAUCGUCUACGCCGCCGUUGGCACGUGGCCAAGGAAGAACGCAACGGAAAUGCCGGUCACAGAACAGGUUCCUGUGGAGGCUGAGGCAGUUUCGGAAAAGCGCGCGUUCGUGAACUUUCCUCGGCCGUCUGAGACUCUGAGCGAGAGCCUCCCCUUCCGCUAUUUCGACUCCUCGCAGAGCUACCAGACGGAGGGCGUGACCGGCCGCGCCCUUUCGCGCCACGAGCUCGAACUCCUGCAACCCGUGAAGGAGGCGGCGACGCAGCACCUCCGCCAGGUCCACCCACAGGCCGCCUUCGUCAACGGCAGAUACCGUUGGCUCCCCAGCGGCGCUGAGUUCGACCUGUACUUCGAGGAUUCUACGGCCGGAGUCAGCAGCAGGAUCACCUUGUACCAGAAGCUUGAAGUCCCGAGGGUCAUCAACGCCUUCGCCGUCGACCAGCACGCGAAAGUGAACAUUAUUGUGCCCUUAAAGGGACAUGUGUCCAAGUAUACUACCUUCUUGGACCAUUUAGUGAGGAAUGUUGUGCCACAUGACCCCAACCUCUCCCUGACUGUGGUCUACUUCAGUGAUUCAUAUAUUUCUGAAGUACGGAACCUCACCACAAAGAGACUUGAGGCCUUACCAGAUUUCAAGUGGUCUUUCAUCCCUGUGGAUGAGAAGGAGUUUUCACGCGGUCAUGGCUUGCAUAUUGGAGCCCAAAACACAGAAAUGAAGGACAAAGGAGAGCUUCUGUUUUUCUGUGAUGUUGAUGUUCUCAUGCACCAUGAUUUCUUCACACGCUGCAGAAGCAAUACAAAAAAAGGAUAUCAGGUUUACUAUCCUGUUGUUUUCUCACUCUACAACCCUAAGUUAGUAUAUCCACUCUUUGACAAGAGUAUACCUCCCAUAAGUGAACAGUUGGUUGUAGAAGUACAAUCAGGCUUCUGGCGUACAUUUGGCUUCGGGAUGGCCUGUAUGUAUCGCUCAGAUUACGAAUUGUCUGGAGGUUUCCCAGAUAUACGCAGUUGGGGAGGAGAAGAUGUGGCCCUUUAUGAAAAGUUCCUCAAAAUGAAAGAUAUUAAGGUAAUCCGUGCUCCAGAUCCGAGUUUAUUCCACCUGUAUCAUCGUAAAGUAUGCUCAGACACUAACAGUGUGUCUUACCCAGCUUGCUUGAAAUCCAAAGCAGUGACAGAAGGAUCCCAACUCCAGCUCGGCCUGUCUUUGAUUAAGCUCCACGAAGGAAUCGAUCUUGAGGGCAUUUUGUCUAAAAGGUCCAAGAGAAGACUGGUGAAACCGACCAGUCAGCAGUCAUGUGGCCAGAAUGAUACAAGCAGGAGGUUCUAUUACUUCUGGCUUAUUCCCUAUCUUGGAGGUCUCCUCAUACUGUCCCUUCUCAUCAACUUGGUCCAAGCCAUUGUUAUUCUUAAUAGACGAUCACAGAAUUAUAGGAAAAUGUAGUUUCAUUAUAAAAUUUAGGGGUAAGCUCAGUGCUUCAACAAGAGAAUGGAUACUUAAAGCACAAAGCUUACAUGUGGUUAUAUAAAUAUAUAAUGUAUUAUAUCAAUCCUUAAACUUAUUUUUUCAUAAAUUAAUGUUUUAUUGUAUUCUUUGUAUCAGUUUAGCACAUUCUUUAUCUAUAUGUCUACUUGCCUAUUGUACUGUAAUGCCGUAGCCUAUAGGUGUAUCUACACUGGUAGCGAGCAAGCAUGAGCGGAUGCAGGCGAAUGCAGGAAGUGUUUAUAGAUAAUUUUUCUGCUUGAAUCUUACAUUUCAAGCAUAUACUCAAUGAGGGUACAUGAAAGAAUCAAUAAAGAAAAGCUGGUUCAGUUAACUCUUUAAAAAUUUGGUUCACAGAGGAUCCUCAAAUGAACCAGCUUUUACCCCCCUCCUGCCUGCCUGUACCUGCUUGUGGUAACUGUGGACACAGCCCAGGUCUUAGUAAUUAAAAGAAAAAGGUCUGAAAAACCUUGUGAUUUUCAAGUUCAGAAAAGUUAAUGAAAGUUCAUAUGAGAACUUUGAAAAGAAGAGAGACCUGCCUGUGAUGUCACAUGUGAAUAAUAGUGAAUGGGGAAAUAUAUAAUAAGGAGCAUUGCAUUACUAUAACAGAAAUGGAAACUACAGUUUUCUUGAUAUAGUAUGUACUUUCACUAGUGAGUGAAUCAACUAAUGCAUGGUUGGAUAGAAAGUCAGAAUUAGUAUUCAGUAUUAUUGAAAGGUAAUCAUACGGGUCUGUUUGGCAUGUGACAAAGACAGCCUUUUUGUGUGUGUGUGUGUGUGUGUGUGUGUGUGUGUGUGUGUGUGUGUGUGUGUGUGUGUGUGUGUGUGUGUGUGUGUGUGUGUGUGAUUAUGCCAAAAGAAAGGAAAAUUGUUUUGACUCAGAUGAUAAGCAUUUCAUGUGUCCAGCCAUGAUUUCAGUGUUGAAAGGACUGUGAUUAGGUAACAGUUUCAUCAUUUAUUCAUUUCAUUUUUAUCCUUCUUCCUUUCUUCUGCCUGUGUUUCUUUCUUUACAAUUCAUAGAGUGAAUGAGUGAAAGACUUGUGAACACUUCCUUCCUUUAAUAAGUCUUUGUAUACCCACCCCAAGAUAUUAGUGUACCCUCUGACACAAAAUAUCUAAAUGAUAAAGAGAACGUAAUAGCAAAUAUCAAUCACUUAGUAAUCAAUCACUUAGUAAGAGGCCUCAGGUGCCUCUGGUUAUGAAUUGAAAUUUGAUCUCUGCCAUCCAACCUGAUGGUGUAUUGACAGUGCAGAAGGGCAUCUGUAAUCAUGUUACGUCUGUCCCAAACAUUUGUGGCUUGGUUUUGCACCCACAUGCAGCAGCCUCUUGGCCAACUUAACUGCUGCCUUGGCCCGGCUAUUUGAUUGUGCAUAAUGGGCAGAGGAUGUUAUCAUCACAAUGCCCAACCUGGUCAAGAGCUUGCACAUCUUGUCAAUAGUCAGGUGGCUCUCUGACUUUUGUGACAGACACACCCACAUAGUUUGAGUGUGCUUAGAAAGUGAACUUUUCAUUCUUUCUUUCUUUCUUUCUUUCUUUCUUUCUUACAAUAUGCACCCUAGCUUUGUGUAAGAAAUUAUAUAAUUCUGAUUUUGUGCUAAUAUACUAAGUGAUUAAUUUACACAUAUUUGCUUGUAUUUCUUUAUUAUUUAAAAAUUUUGUGUCAUUUGAUAUUCCCUCUAGGACACCCCAUUACAGAACAAAGCCACUAUCCUGCCCCUCAAGCUGGCAUGAUGCUGGCUUCUGUCAUACAUAACUACUCAUUCCCAUCAAAACCAUGAUUUGCGUCCCUUUGGGUUGCCUCGAAUGCCAAGCAGUAUUCAUUAAAUGAGUCCACAUCACUGAAAUAUAAUUGAAAAUAGGUUCAUCAUUCAGAUGUAGAGAGUCCUAGAUGUCUUUAAAGUAUC